AUGAACGUUCUUUGUAAGCUUCUGGAUUUAGAUGAUGCAAGGAACCUGUUUCAAUUUCAUCCCAAAUAUAAGAAAAUUAGCUUAACUCAUCUGAGUUUUGCUGAUGAUCUCCUUAUCUCCUGUAAGGGUUCAUUGGAUUCGAUUAUGGGGUUAAGUGCAUUUUGGAGAAGUUUUGUGUGGUCUAAUUUGAAGCUUAAUGCUGCUAAGAGUGAACUCUUUGCUUCUGGGGUCAAUGUUAAUUCUCUUGCUGCAAUUCAGAGUCUCUCAAGGUUCAAGUUAUAUCAUCUGUCUGUUCGUUACCUUGGGGUACAUUUGGUAACUAGGAACUCUCUGAAAAGGAUUGUUACCCUCUUAUUGAACAAGCAGCUCAUUCUAGCUCAGUCCAUCAUUAAGCACAUUGAGCAGCUUUGUGCUAGGUACCUUUGGAAGGGUUCAGACUCUCCUGCAACAGGUGUUAAGAUUGUUCCCAAGCCCCAUUUUAGUUGGUGCACAAAGAGGAUGCUGAAAACUAGGGAAGAGUCUUUCAUGGUGCUUGGAGUGAUUGCUGAUUGUAGUGUGGUUACCACCUCCUAG